AUGGCUGAAAUAACCCAGCGGUUCAGGCCUCUGGAUGCGGCGGGGAAUGACGGUGGAAAAUGCCGCCCUGACGCCGUCUGCUACGGGGUGAGCUGCUUUCACAGAUUCCCUGACAGGACACACAGAAGGGUUCGAGACAAAAGACAUGUGACCGAACAAAAGAAACAGAGAAAGAAGCGACAAAAGCAGCACACAUUUCUCCAUCUGGUUCCUGUGUCCUCGCAGUCAUACAAUGAUGCUGACAGCACCGUUCUGUCUUGGGCCGUUGGCCAGAGCAGAGGAAUCGGGCUUCAGCUAUCAGGUGAUACUGUUACAGUGGAGGCCGAGGGAAGCUACUUCAUUUACAGUCAGGUGCUGUAUAGAGACACUACCUGGGUAAUGGGUCACGUGAUCACGAAGAGGCUGAAAGGGGCGGAGUCUAAACUGAUGAAGUGUCUAAAGAGCAUGCCCAGUAACGUCAGCCAGCCACUCAACACCUGCUACAGUGCUGGUAUUUACUUCCUGGAGUCUGGAUCUACUCUUCAGCUCUCUGUUCCUCGCAGAUCUGCAGAGCUCAUCCUCACAGCUCACGCUACCUUCAUGGGGCUCUUCAGCAUAUGA